AUGGUUCUUGCACCCCACCCAAAUCCAGAUGGCCCCGUGCUGUCGCACUUUGACCUCUCAGGCAAGACAGCCCUGGUGACGGGAGGAUGCCGGGGGAUCGGCCUGGAAGUAACCAAGGGCCUUUGCGAGGCCGGGGCCAAAGUAGCCAUUAUGUACACGAGCACCGCCCCGGCCGAGGCCGAUGCAGUAGCCUCGAGCAUCUUGUCGGCGAACGGCGGCCGCCCUGUCAAGGCGUAUAAGUGCAACGUCCGGAACACGAGCGAGGUUGAGGCCAUAAUCGAGGCCGUGGCCAGGGAGAUGGGGGGAGGGAGGCUGGACGUUGUGGUGGCGAACGCGGGCAUCGCCGACCACAUCGCUGCGGUGGACUACCCCGAGGACAAGUUCCGGGAUAUGUUCGACGUCAAUAGGCAAUGGGAGGCCGGCGGGAAGACCGCCGACCACCGGGCGUCCAUCAUCUUCACUGCCACGGUGUCGGCGACGCUGGUCAACAUACCGCAGAAGCAGGCUGCGUACAACGCGAGCAAGGCGGCCCUCGUGCACCUGUCCAACUCUCUUGCUGUCGAGUGGGUGGAUUUCGCCAGGGUGAACUGCAUCUCGCCGGGUUUCAUUGAUACGGACAUGCUCAAAGUCCACCCCGAGGCCUGGAGGAACCAGUGGUUCUCAAUGAUCCCCGGUCGCAGACUUUGUAAGGCGGCAGAGCUUAAAGGUGCAUAUGUUUUCCUGGCCAGCGACGCCAGUACUUAUAUGACCGGAGCCGACAUGAUCAUCGAUGGCGGGUACACUUUACCCUGA